AUGUCGCGCCACGUUCUUUCUCUCCUCGCCGCAGUCGCCUUUGUCACUGCUCAGACUCCCACACCUUCUCCCACUCCCCUCUUCAACCAGCACUUCCCGUAUGGCCAGCAGCCUUACAAAGUUGACGAUAACCCCACUGGUCGUGGGCCUCAAUUCGGUUACAACAUUUGCAACUCUACCACUGAAGGUCCUAACUCGGACUGCCAGACAGCAUUGAUGAACCAUAUUGAUGACUUCUGUCUUUGGGCGCCCCCUCUUCCCAAUUCUACCAUUGGGGAUACCGAAGCAGAAUGUGUCGCUUGGUCCACCAAGCCCGGCCACGGAACUCGCAUCAUGCCUGCUGGCACCUUGACAGGAGUUCAGGUCUUAAAGGCACCCAAUUACAUUCUCUUCACUGCUACCCUCAACCAGCAGAAUCUUAACCUUCAACCGGAUGAUGGUGGAGGAGAGUUGGAUCCUCACGGUGCUGAUCUGCGUGGUAACCCUCUUGGUUCCCUCGUCUAUUCGAAUGCGUUCCCCAGUAACAAUGGCAACAACAACUCGUUCCAGCAAGUCUACCAAUGGCACAACUACAUGGGCUCGGGCAUGGCCUGCUUCAAGAUUUGUGACCCUAACGUUGCCAAUUCUGACAUUUACUGCAACAACAUCUUUGAUCGUAUUGGCUGCAACUAUGUUUGCCCUGCAUCAUACACUCCAGGCGAAUUCACAGUUUGCGACAGUGAAGACCAGGACCCUCCUGGAGUUUACACUGGUUCAGACGGUAAAACAUCGACCUUCUCUCAACCUCCAGAAUCCCUUGGUCCCAUCAGCACCAUUCCUUUCACUCCCAGGAUUCCAGCCACCUCUAACUGCGUAACUUACACGUCUAGCCUGCUCUACGCUUCGCAAUCUUCGCCUUCUCCCACUAACAGCAAGGGUUCUUCUACGGGUACGAGCACUGGUACUGGUACUGGCACCGUCACUAGCAAGCCAUCGGGCAGUACUUCCAAGAGCGGUGGAUCGUCUAGUACUCAGGGAAGCUCCAAGAGUGGUGCCGCCUCGCGUAGUGUGAACUUGCCUGGUGCGAGCAUCUGGGUCGCGGGCAGUGGUGUCUUUGUUGCGAUGGGUAUGACUCUCUUCGCGGGAUUGAUGACGGUUGUCGUUGCGUUGUAA